AUGACCGAACACGUACACCCACACACGGAUCCCAGCGGUGCGGAGGGUAUCGGGCCCGGUCCGCAGCUCGUUAGCACCGCGCCUGGUCUGGAGGUCUUGGUCGGCCCGCUGCUCAACUAUAGGCGCAUGAGCAACGAAGCCGGAGCAUCCACAUGGCAUGGCAGUGUCCUCGUCGUAACGAGGCCAGGACAAGAUACCCCCGAGCUGACGCUGGCUCCCGGGGGCGCCGUCGAUCCAUCGCUAGAGAAAGCCUCCUUCACGGCGGGCGCCAACAGGUUUACCGCCGACAAGCUCUACGAAGACGUUGAAAAGGCAUUCUGGCGCUUUCUGAUCCAUGUGCCGUUCCAACAAUUCGAAUCGCGCUGGCAGUACGACAUCGAGGGACUCCACUACGAAGAUGAAUCCAAGCCAAGGAAGCCGCAGGCCUUCGUUGUGCCUUCUAUUUCGCAGUCGAUGCGCAUUCUCUUCCACUCGUGCAAUGGCUUCAGUGUUGGUACCGACGUGGAAGCAUGGUCCGGACCUGCACUCUGGAACGAUGUGCUGCGCAUGCAUGCCCAGAAGCCAUUCCACGUUAUGUUGGGUGGAGGAGAUCAAAUCUACAACGAUGGGGUGCGCGUAGACGGUCCUUUGAAGCCUUGGACUGCCAUUGCGAACCCGCACAAGAGACGCGAAUUUCCCUUUGAUGAAAAGAUGCGCGCCGAUUGCGAUGAAUACUACUUCAAAAACUAUGUACGAUGGUAUGGGCAGGCACCGUUCUCCACUGCCAAUGGCCAGAUUGCGCAGGUCAACAUAUGGGAUGACCAUGACAUUAUCGAUGGCUUCGGCUCGUACACAGAUCGAUUCAUGCGCUGCGCCGUUUUCAGAGGAAUUGGUGGUAUAGCGCAUAAGUACUAUCUGCUAUUCCAGCACCACAUGGCACCGCCGAAGAGCACUUUCACCACGGAUGCGCCGCAGACGACUACUGUCGGACGAGAAGGCACUGAUAUCGACCCUGAACAGCUCAAGAAGACGUUCGUGAUGACGAACGACAUCCAAGACCCGUCCUUCAUUGUAGGCCAGAAGCCAGGUCCGUAUGUCGAGGAACGCAGCCGCAGCAUCUACGCACAGCUUGGAGCUCGCAUAGCGUUUUGUGGUAUUGAUGCGCGUACCGAACGUACUCGGCAUCAAAUCAACUACCCAGAAACUUAUAGCAUGAUCUUCGACCGACUGAACAAAGAGUUUGCGGCGAAUAAAGAAUUGAAGCAUCUGGUCCUGCUACUGGGAGUACCGAUCGCGUACCCGCGUCUUCAGUGGCUCGAAAACAUCCUCGCAUCCCCUAUCAUUGGUCCAAUCAAGUUUUUGAACAAGCGAUUCGGCUUUGCAGGUGGACUUUUCAACCAGUUUGACGGCAGUGUCGAUCUGCUGGACGAUUUGGAUGACCACUACACUGCUCACCAACACAAACAUGAGCGCCGCGACCUCAUGCACAUGCUCCAAAAGUUCUCCAAGCAACACGCUGCCCGCGUUACCAUUCUGGGUGGUGACGUCCACCUCGCAGCCGUCGGCCGCUUCUACUCCAACCCCAAGCUCGGGAUUCCCGCGGAGCAGGACUUCCGCUACAUGCCCAAUGUCGUCUCCUCGGCCAUCACCAACAAGCCUCCGCCCCAGGCCGUUGCGAACUUGCUCGCCAAGCGCAACAAGAUCCACCACCUGGAUCACGACACUGACGAGACGCUCCUGGAGAUCUUCGACCGCGACCCGCGGCCCGCCGACCAGGCCAACGGCCUGUCAAAUGGGCAAGCGAACGGGGCCACAGACAGCGACAUCGAGGUUAAGAAGAAGACGGCGGACACCAACCAUGCGACCAUGCCGUCGCGGAACUAUGCAAUCAUCUGCGAAUCCAAUCCCUCCGUCACGGCUACUUCUUCGGCCGCUGCGCCGCAGCCUGAGGCCGUGCCUACGCCUGCCUCUAAUGGCAACGCGCCGCAGCAGACGUCUGCGCCGGUUGAUCGCAAGGCUAACACCCGGAAGCCAAUGCACGUCGGCGAGCAGGGAGCUGGUACGGAGCAUCCUGCUGCGAACGGCCUUGCAGCCACGGGGCUGUGCGGGAGAUACGGACUGGACGUCUCGCUGAGAGUGGAGAUUAGUCCAAGCGAUCCCGAGGGACGUACCGAUGGCUAUGGGUUCAGUAUUCCCGCAUUAGAGGUGGCCGUGUAG